AGCAGGGGUAGAUAGGUAUGGAAAUAUUGGAUUAUACUCAUCAAUUGGAUUCAAUUAACACUCAAGGUAAGAUUGUGGACUGGAGUGCUACUCUUGAAAUACAAGAAGAAUUUGUUUAUGUUAAGCACUAUCCUCAUAACUGGUGGAAACCAACUAUCUAUGCCAAGUGUUCCUGCAAUCAAAUGACUUUAUGCUCAUUUUGUAAAAUAUGGCUCUACUUCUUGGCCAAAAUGUUUCAUCAGAAGUCUAUUAAUAUGAAGAUCAAUAUUACUUUCAUCAAGAUGAAUGAUAAUCAGGGUAUUAUGUUUGGUAUAGGAAGUGCUAUUAUUAGAAAAUUCUAAAUGUGUAAUUAGACAUGGUAAUGUCAUAUAUAAUCAACCAACUCACAUUGAAUCUUUUAUAUUAGUGUUGUUAUACAGGUGAUCAAUGUCAUA